ACUUACGAGUUGAAGAAACGACACACAGAUAUUGUUACGCGAUAUGCGGAGAGACGAAAUAAAAACAUUUCGCAGCCGGGAUCAUUAAUAAAAUUCAAGAUGAGGGGAAUUAUGCUAACAGUUACCAGCUUCGCGCUUACAGCUGCUGUCCUUGGAAAUGCAUAUGUUCAGAAGAAGCAAUUUUAUCCAUCCGUAGUGUAUAUUACCAAGUCAAAUCCAAGUUUAGCGGUGCUGUACCUACAAGCAUUCGUUCUGGUUAUACUCAUGGGGAAACUCUUCAAGAAAGUGUUCUUUGGCCAGCUCAGAGCUGCUGAGAUGGAGCAUCUAAUAGAAAGAUCAUGGUACGCUGUGACAGAAACCUGCCUGGCAUUCACCGUGUUCAGGGAUGACUUCGGUCCUCGGUUCGUGGCCAUGUUCACACUGCUUCUCUUCAUCAAAUGUUUCCAUUGGCUGGCAGAGGAUAGAGUCGAUUAUAUGGAGAGGAGUCCAGUCAUCUCCUGGGUGUUCCAUAUGAGAGUUAUUACCCUUCUUGUGGUCCUUGGCUGCUUUGACUUGGUGUUUAUCAACUGUGCGUAUCAUAGUACUUUAACCAAGGGAGCUUCCGUUCAACUUGUCUUCGGGUUUGAGUAUGCGAUCUUAUUGACUGUGUUAAUCAAUGUGUUCUUCAAGUAUGUAUUGCACACCAUUGAUCUUCAGAGUGAGAAUCCGUGGGAAAACAAAGCUGUGUACAUGCUUUACACUGACCUCAUUAUGGGUUUUAUCAAAGUGUUUCUUUACACAGCGUUUGUGGCCAUCAUGAUCAAGAUUCAUACAUUCCCUCUGUUUGCCACCAGGCCUAUGUACUUAGCCAUGAGGUCUUUCAAGAAAGCUGUACACGAUGUCAUUAUGUCUAGAAGAGCCAUCCGUAAUAUGAACACACUGUACCCCGAUGCCACCGCCGAAGACCUUGCCAACACCGAUAGCAUCUGCAUCAUCUGCCGAGAGGACAUGGUGGCAGCGGAGCCGGGCGCACCGGCAGGAGGCGCCGGAAGCUGCAAGAAGCUUCCUUGCAACCACAUCUUCCACAGCAGCUGCCUCCGGUCGUGGUUCCAACGUCAGCAGACCUGCCCCACCUGCAGAAUGGACGUUCUCAGGCUUUCCGUGGUGGCUGCGAGCCAGAGGCUCAGGCAGGGGCAGCAGCAGCAACAGGGGGUGGGGCAGCAGGGACAGGCGGGGGUGGGACAACAAGGCAAUGGACAAGUGCCACCUGUACCAGGGCAAGGUAUGCCCCCUUUUCCACCAGGCUUCCAGUUUUGGCUUCCUCAAUAUCAAGGAGGAGUGCCCCCCUUUCCUCAGCCCCCUGUACCCCCUCAACCAUCGUCAUCAUCAUCCUCAACUACUCAACCAGGUACUUCAACAUCUACACCAUCCACUGCGGCUUCACAAGCCACAUCACCUGGAACGCCAUCAUCAGCAGGUGCAAGUGCAGGCACGCCCACAUCCUUGGGUACUUCUCUACCAAACUUCCCUCCUCCUCCAAGCAUGGGUGCUCCUGGUAUGGGUAUGUUCCCCCCGAUGAUGCCUCCAUUCAUGAUGCCAUUUGGCAUGUCACCUCCAAUGCCCCCACCCAACUUCAGCGGUCUGUCUGAUGAAGAGCUUCGGGCCAUGGAAGGCAUGGAGAGACAGCACGUCCAAGCCAGGAUUGAAUGCCUCCAGAACAUCCAGGCUCUCCUCGAUGCCGCCGUCAUUCAGAUGCAACAGUACAGUACCAUCGUGUCGGGAUCAGGUGUACCUACCGUUCCUGUCACGCCAGCCUCCACCAACACAACGUCAGCCACCUCCACGGUCCCCACCCCUACAGUGCAGACGGAGGCAUCAGCCGCCCCGCCCACCACACCCAGUGAACCAGAGACAUUAACAUCGACAGCUGCUCCCAAGGCCAGCGAGUCAAGCAAUGAUUUAUCAGCCUUAGAGGGCGCCGUUGGCUUUACGUCACCCGUCAAGGACAUCAAGGAUGAAGAAGCGGAACCGGUGCCAGAGAGUCCCGAGGAACAGGAACGCAACGAGGUUAGGAGGAGACGGUUACAGAGACUCAGUAGCAACACAUCAACUUCAUGAGAUUUUUCCUUGGGUUACAGAGGUUACAGAGACUCAGUAUUGAAACAUCGACUUCACACAAGAUUUCCUUGAUCAUCUUUUCAUUCCUCCCCUUAUGAAGAUGAAUAUUAUAUCGCCAUGGCAACACUGCAUGAAACAGUUAACAAGAACAGCUUUGGCGUGGUUGCUGAUCUGAAGUUAUUCUGCUUUUAAUUUUUUUCUUCAGUUAAUCCUGCCUUUGUGAGCAGAGCAUGGAAGAUUUGUGAACAGUAUUUUGAAAUUUAUGUUUAUUUAAUAAGGAUAGCAGCUUGCUUAUCAUUACAUAUUGAGCUGAAAUUAUUGGGGUAGUUUUUAUUUAUUUUCAGUAAUUUGGAGAGUCCAUCAUCACAAUAAUAUGACCAUUGUUUCCUUAUGUUUGCCCUAACAAAUCAUGAACAACUCUUUAAUGUAAUGAAUAACCAUUACAUUUGCAUUACUUUUUAGGCUUAAUGUAGCUUUUAGGCCCACUUAAAGGGAUGGUCCGGGUUGAAAGUAUGCAUAGCUUAAUAAAUAGAGUAGAAUUCACUGAGCAAAAAGCCGAAAAUUUCAUUCAAAUCAGAAAACAAAUAACAGAGCUAUUGAAUUUUAGAUUUUAGCUACCGGUAUUUUUCUUCUUAAAACAGUGGUCAUGAAUAUUCAUUAGGU